CCCAUGUAAUGAAACAAAAGACAAUUACGUAUUAGCAUGACAAGGAUUCACCCAAGUAGCAAUGCAUCUCAAAUUCAUUGUAACUGAACAACAAAGACAUAUUUCCCGUUGUGUAAGACAUAAAUUUUCCAUGAUAUUAGUAACGUUUCCUGAUUAUAAGUAACGGGGUGUUUGCUAUCAUUUUUCACCAACUUGCUACAAACUUGGAGCGUUUUGGGAGUACAAGGAACAGCAUAAGGAUCAACAUGGCAGCAAAGAGAGAUACCUCAUCAGGUUCAUUCACAAGUGCAAUGGCGCUUUCAGAAAUGGGCCUGAGUGGUGUUCCCAAACGUUACAUACUUCCCCAGCCACAACGCCCUGCCAUUAACCAGAGACCUCAUUGCCCCACGACAGCAUUGCCAGUUAUAGAUCUUUCCUUGUUAGAUAACCCUUCUCUUCGACCCCAGGUGAUAGAGCAGGUGCGUGAGGCCUGCAAGGAACUUGGAGUUUUUCAGGUGAUCAACCAUGGAAUUCAAAUUUCAUUCACAGAUGAUGCCCUAGAUGUUGCUGAAGAGUUCUUCAAUUUGCCAAAUGAGAAAAAGAUGUGUCUUGCUUCUACUGAUGUUCAAGCACCUGUAAGAUAUGGCACCAGUCUAAAUCACCUCAAUGAUAAGGUUCAGUAUUGGAGAGACUUUAUCAAACACUACUCUCACCCAAUCACAACUUGGAUCAACAUGUGGCCAUCAGAACCAUCAAGUUACAAGACGAAAAUGGGAAACUACGCAAAGGCUGCACACAUCUUGCAUAAAAAGUUAAUGGAAGUAGUGCUUGAGAGCUUAGGUCUGAGACCAGACUACUUACAGAAAGACACUGAGGAAGGCUCACAAGUCAUGGCCGUAAAUUGUUAUCCUGCUUGCCCAGAACCAAAUCUAGCACUGGGCCUGCCCCCACACUCAGACUAUGGAUCAUUGACUAUCAUACUCCAAAAUCAACAGGGCCUAGAAAUCAAGGACAGCAAUGGAGAAUGGCAAUCUGUGUCGUUGAUCAAGGAGGCCCUGGUAGUUCAGCUGGGAGAUCAAUUGGAGGUGCUAAGCAAUGGCCGAUACAAAAGUGUUAUCCAUCGGGCAAUCCUUAACUCAAUGAAGCAGCGUCUUUCAAUUGCUAGCCUUCACAGUAUGGCAAUAAAUAAAAAAGUAAUACCAGCUCCAGAACUUGUGGACGAGCAACAUCCAUUGUCCUACAAAGAAGGCAGCUUUGGAGACUUUUUGCACUUCAUUCAAGAUAAUGACAUCCUAGAAGGAAGAUACAUAGAUACAUUGAAAAAGAAGCCACAGACAGGGUGUACGAAGAAGACAGCGCACCAAGCACAUGAGAAUGUGAUUAGUCAUUCUUCUGGAUGAUCUUGAAUUUACUAGUUCCAAAAUGCAUAAAAACAUGCAUCACUAAGUAUCACAGAAGCUCUAGAAAGUUCUCUGAACGCAUGUAACAAUAUGGAAGCUAUAUUAAAAAUAAAUAAUUGGCUUUAGUAUGGAAACUUGGUCGUGGUUAAUCAAGGUUUAGUAUUUGGAAGUGAACUCUGGAAUACAUGGAUGCUUUGGUAUUAUUUGGGUAUUUUAUACAAUUAUCCCACAGAAUAUUUAGCAGCUGUUUGUAGUUACGGUCCACUGCACACAAUGAUAACUAUUUUAUGAUUUCAAGAAUUCCAACAGUUAUAAACAUGCAGUAUUCUUCUUCGAUAAAGGCUACAAGCUACCAUAAAAAGCUUCAAAACCCUACCAUGGUGGGAAAAGUCAAAAGGCUUGUAACCGAAUGAAUCAGUUAAGAUGGAACCUAAAACAUGUUUGCUGAGAAACUAAAGCAUUAAACAGUGAAAAAGUUCUAUUUAGUUAUAUUUGUGCACUGUUACUUUCAGUUUACGUGAAGAUUAAGAUGUUCUAUGAGUUACAAGAACUUUCAUAAGGAGCAAAAAUAUUCCAUUUGCAGGGAAAUCACAGAAUUUUUUGCAAAACUAAUGCUUCUUACAUCGAUCAAGCACUUCUCUUUGCUGCAUGAAGUUAGAUCCAAUAUUAAGCACUGCAGCUCUCCCUGAAAUGUAUUACACUAAUUCUUUUCUAGUUGGUGGUUCAAGAAAAAAUCACAUCAUGACCGACCAUAUACUUACCAGGUUACGAUCAUCAAUAACAGCUAAUCUAAUAUGUUGACUGCUUAAAGUGACGUCACCAUGCAUGCAUGUAUAUUGUUGCCUAAUAUGCUCUAACGGAAGCUUGGUGAUUCAGCUUUAGACUAUUUACUCAGUAGGUAGAAAGGAUUAAUCCUACCUAGCUUCCCAUCACAUCCAUUACUUUUCAUAUAAAUGCAUAUACGGGCAUAUACAAAAUAUCAUCUUUGUUAUUUUGGGUAAGAAAGUACAAAACUAAAUUACCGACAGUCUGGAAAUUGGGUCUCUUUACAAAGCCACUUGCAGGUCUAGAUUUGUGAUGUGGCGCCGAACAUUAUCUUUAGGUUAUACGUUGUAUGGAAUAGGAAAAUUAGAUCAGCCAUAACUUUUUCGUAUUCAUGCAUAUACAAGUUGAACAGAAAACGACAAAUUUACAUGAUGAAUAAUACUCCUUCUGUAACUAUAACAUCAUUCGUUACUCAUUAUUUCAGCUUGUCCUGCCACACACACGUCCCAAAUUGUCGGCUUUAAGGUGUGAAGACAUUUCCUAAUAAUUUGGAGCUAUUUCAAAAUUUUGACAAAUUUUCCAUUUUAUCUCAUGAGAGUGGGGAUAAGAAGGAUGCAAAAACAUAACCUUAUUAUGGAUUUUUCUAGAUAUAUGCAUAUAGCAUCUGGAAACUGAAACCAUAUAAUGUCAGUAUAGAUCACAUAUUUCUGAAGCCAAAUGUAGUGUAUACGCCAUUCAUAAUGGUUGUAUCCUGAGUCACACGAUCCACAUUCAAUGUCACAGGCUAGCUACAGCAUCGGUAUUUCUAUUUACCAAAUAGUCUAAAGUGAUUUUUUUUCUAGCAAACACAUAGGAAGUACUAAAUCACUAAUUCAGUAUCACUCAACCUAAUUCACAAAGAACGAACAUGUAAUCGACCAAUAAGAACUCCCAUGCAUAGAAUUCAAACUUACAAUGUGAAGCUUAAUUUCCAAGAAUAGACACCGGUUUUACAUGCAUUCAGUAGCUUUCCAUUUUACAGUACAUAAAUACUCCUAUCAAAACAAAGCCAUAAUCUCUACAAAACUAACAUUGUUCAAU